UGUCAUGGUGGAAUAUAAAGACGGUAGUAUUCAUCAAGUACCUGCAGUGACGCUGGUCAAUUCAGGACAGGGUCAUUCUACCUAUGUCAAAGUUCUGCCAUCACAAAUUGGAGAUCUAGAUGUAUCGGUUAUGGCAAAGAUCGGUGACUUUUUCCAGACUAUCGCAUAUGACAAGGUUCAAAGAACAAUUCAAGUAAAGCCGAAUGGCGUGUACAAAACGAUGAACGAACAGCAUUUAGUGCAUGUGCAACAGUCAAGUUUCUCGAACACCUUUCGGCUUACCGAUCCACCAAACAUUGUUCGGGGCUCCAAGAAAUCAUCAAUGACGAUAUCAGGUGACUUUAUGGUCCCAAGCAUAGACGGUCUGAGCAGCCUUUUACAACAGCCCUACGGGUGUGGUGAGCAAAAUAUGAUGAAUUUUGCACCCGAUGUAUACAUCACAAAAUAUCUUAAGGUCGUCGGCAAACUCACCAGUGAUAUUCAGAGAAAGGCAAAAGGACAAAUGGAAUUCGGGUACCAAAAUGAGAUGACCAAAGUUCACUACGAUGGAUCAUUUAGUGCUUUUGGAAACAGCGACAGUUCAGGAAGCACUUGGUUGACUGCUUUUGUCCUGAAAUGCUUCGGCCAAGCAAAGGAUCUAAUAACUAUUGACGACAACGUUAUGGGAAAAGCAAUGAUGUGGCUGCUCACCCAUCAGAUGGCAGAUGGUUCGUUUAGUGAACCCGAAAGAAUAAUACAUACCAACAUGCAGUCCGGAUCGGGUCACGGUGUCCCAAUGACAGCUUUUACGCUAGUGUCUCUCCUUGAAAACCAACAACUGCAUUUGAUACAGGGUAGAACAGUUGAUCAGGCAAUUAAAAAAAGUGUCCAAUACCUCGAGACUAGGCUGAACACGUUACACGACGCCUAUUCCACCGCGGUAACCUGCUAUGCACUUGCUAAGGCCAAUAGCAGUCUGGCCAACACCUGUUUUACAAAACUUCAGAACGCUGCUAGUCAUGAAGGAGAAAAGAUGUAUUGGAAAAAGACCAGUCACAUUUCCAAAAGAGUGGGUAAUAAUCAGCUUUCCGCCCGUGCUCCACCGCAAGACGUUGAGACCACCUCAUAUGCGCUGCUCACGUACAUUCAAAUGGGGAAGGUCACGGAAGCCUUUUCGAUAGUAAAAUGGUUGAUAUCUCAACGAAACCCAACCGGAGGGUUUGUUUCAACACAGGACACAAUGGUUUCUUUACAAGCCUUGUCAGAGUUUUCGUCACGGUUUGCGUUAGGUCCGUCCACUACACCUGGAUAUGGAGUUCAUUUCCACGCGACUGGUUCUAAUUUUGCCCAUAUUUACGACGUCAGUUCACAAACGUAUGACGUCAGUCACAAGGUUGAGAUACCUACAAGCGUUCCUCAGAUCGACGUCCAAGUCUCGGGAUUGGGAGUGGCGGUUCUUGACGUCACGUCUGAGUACUACGUCCAGGGAUCGCAGACUGACAAUCAUAUUAACGUGACAGUUGGCAUUACACAUGAGACUCUUAAUAGCAUCACGGUUAAAUCUUGUAUGAGGUGGACAGAUCCCAGCGAUAGUGGCAUGCUGCUUAUGGAGGUUGAAUUACCUACUGGUUUCAACCCUGAUGUGGACACACUGAAGGCCCAGGCUGCCAUCAAACAGUUUGAACAGCGAGGGAGAUACGUACCACUAUAUUUCGAUGGCUUACGAUCACAAGAACAGGUUUGUGUCAACGUGAAGAUUAACAGAGCUGAUCCAGUUGUCAGAAGUCAACCCUGCCACGUGAUCGCUUACGACUAUUACGAGCCAACUCGCCAGUCGGUUGCAGUCUACGAGUCAGGUGUUCUGAAGAGUUCCAACAUAUGUGAUGUGUGCCCGGCUUGCAGCUUUUGUACAAGCGGUAACCGACCUCCGAUUGUUGGUUAGCGAACACCGUUUCUGAGCUCAAAAAGAAACCAUUGGAAUGUAAUGACUUGUAAUUUACUUUUCUGAAAUUUCA